AUGUUGCUCCCAUUAUAUGGUUUAGCUUCAUUCUUAGCAUUAUCCCAAGCUGCUUUGGUAAACAAUUCAGCUCCACAAGCUUCAGAUGAUGAUCCAUUCAAUCAUAGUCCUUCAUUCUAUCCAACUCCUCAAGGUGGUCGUAUUAACGAUGGGAAAUGGCAAGCUGCUUUCUAUCGUGCAAGAGAAUUAGUUGAUCAAAUGAGUAUAGCUGAAAAAGUUAACUUAACUACCGGUGUAGGUAGUGCUAGUGGUCCAUGUUCAGGUAAUACCGGUUCUGUACCACGUUUGAACAUUUCAUCAAUCUGUGUUCAAGAUGGUCCUUUAUCUGUUCGUGCUGCUGACUUGACAGAUGUUUUCCCAUGUGGUAUGGCUGCUUCAAGUUCUUUUAACAAACAAUUGAUUUAUGAUCGUGCCGUUGCAAUUGGUUCUGAAUUUAAAGGGAAAGGUGCUGAUGCCAUCUUGGGUCCUGUUUAUGGUCCAAUGGGUGUUAAAGCUGCUGGUGGUCGUGGUUGGGAAGGUCAUGGCCCAGAUCCUUAUUUAGAAGGUGUCAUUGCUUAUUUACAAACUAUUGGUAUUCAAUCACAAGGUGUUGUCUCCACUGCAAAGCAUUUAAUUGGUAAUGAACAAGAACAUUUUAGAUUUGCUAAAAAGGAUAAACAUGCUGGUAAAAUCGACCCUGGUAUGUUUAAUACAACUUCAUCAUUAUCAUCAGAGAUUGAUGAUAGAGCUAUGCAUGAAAUCUAUCUAUGGCCAUUUGCUGAAGCUGUCAGAGGUGGUGUUUCCUCCAUUAUGUGUUCAUACAAUAAGCUGAAUGGUUCACAUGCUUGUCAAAACUCUUAUCUAUUGAAUUAUCUAUUGAAGGAAGAAUUGGGAUUCCAAGGUUUCGUCAUGACUGAUUGGGGUGCAUUAUAUUCAGGUAUUGACGCUGCAAACGCAGGUUUAGAUAUGGAUAUGCCUGGUGAAGCUCAAUAUUUUGGUGGUAACUUGACUACUGCCGUUUUGAACGGUACUUUACCACAAGACAGAUUAGAUGAUAUGGCUACUAGAAUCUUGUCUGCUUUGAUUUAUUCUGGUGUUCAUAAUCCAGAUGGUCCAAACUAUAACGCUCAAACUUUCUUAACUGAAGGUCAUGAAUAUUUUAAGCAACAAGAAGGUGAUAUCGUGGUUUUGAAUAAACAUGUUGAUGUUCGUUCUGACAUUAAUAGAGCCGUUGCUUUAAGAUCUGCCGUUGAAGGUGUUGUCUUGUUGAAGAAUGAACAUGAAACAUUACCACUUGGUAGAGAAAAAGUUAAACGUAUCUCCAUUCUUGGCCAAGCUGCUGGUGAUGACUCCAAAGGUACUUCAUGUUCAUUAAGAGGUUGUGGUUCUGGUGCUAUUGGUACUGGUUAUGGGUCCGGUGCUGGUACUUUCUCAUAUUUUGUCACUCCAGCUGAUGGUAUUGGUGCUCGUGCUCAACAAGAAAAGAUUUCAUAUGAAUUUAUUGGUGAUUCUUGGAACCAAGCUGCCGCUAUGGAUUCUGCAUUAUAUGCUGACGCUGCUAUCGUGGUUGCAAAUUCUGUCGCUGGUGAAGAAAUUGGUGAUGUCGAUGGUAAUUAUGGUGACUUAAACAAUUUGACAUUAUGGCACAAUGCUGUUCCAUUAAUUAAGAACAUUUCUAGUAUCAACAACAACACUAUUGUUAUUGUUACAAGUGGUCAACAAGUUGAUUUGGAACCAUUUAUUGACAAUGAAAAUGUCACUGCUGUUAUCUAUAGUUCUUACUUGGGUCAAGAUUUUGGUACUGCUCUAGCUAAAGUUUUAUUUGGUGAUGAAAAUCCAUCAGGUAAAUUACCAUUCACAAUUGCUAAAGAUGUUAAUGAUUAUAUCCCAGUUAUUGAAAAAGUUGAUGUUCCAGAUCCAGUUGACAAAUUUACUGAAUCUAUUUAUGUUGAUUACAGAUAUUUUGAUGAAUACAAUAAACCAGUCAGAUAUGAAUUUGGUUAUGGUUUAUCUUACUCCAAUUUCUCAUUAAGUGACAUUGAAAUUGAAACUCUUCAACCAUUCUCUGAAAAUGCUGAGCCUGCUGCUAAUUAUUCAGAAACUUAUCAAUAUAAACAAUCAAACAUGGAUCCAUCUGAAUACACUGUUCCAGAAGGUUUCAAAGAAUUUGCUAACUACACUUAUCCAUACAUUCAUGAUGCUUCUUCAAUCAAGGCUAAUAGCUCUUAUGAUUACCCAGAAGGUUAUUCUACUGAACAAUUGGAUGGACCAAAAUCUUUGGCUGCUGGUGGAUUAGGUGGUAAUCCACACUUGUGGGAUGUUGGUUACGUUGUCACUGCUAAAGUCACAAAUCAAGGUCCUUAUGCUGGUGGGUUUGCUCCUCAAUUGUAUGUUGGAUAUCCAGAUAAUGAUGAAUUCCCAACACCUCCAGUGCAAUUACGUGGAUUUGAAAAGGUGUUUUUGGAUAAAGAUUAUUCUGAAACUGUUUCUUUUGAAUUGACUAGAAAAGAUUUGUCAGUUUGGGAUACCAAAACUCAAUCAUGGAUUGUUUUGAGAGGUGAUUAUAAGAUCUAUGUUGGUCAAUCUUCUAGACAAUUAGACCUUGUCACAACUUUGACUCUUGAAUAG